AUGAAAUAAUUAGAUCAAAGAAUAACAGCAUUAGAACAAUUAAUUGGAGAUGGAAAUCUUGUCAUCACAGAAACUGUUUAUAACCAAAUAUAAUAGAUGAGAGAUAUAUCUCGAUAAUAUAAUCUGAGUUCUAAAAGUAUUUUUAUUAUCAAUCAUCUGUAGUUUAGAAAAUGUCUUAAUUAAUUUAUAAUUAUGAUCUAAAUUAUUGUUAUUCAGCUUUGCCGGCUUAAAGUAAAAUAUAAUUGAUUAUGCAAUCCGAAACAUAAUUAUAAGAAGCUUCAUAAAAUUUGAAUAAAGUAAUGAAAUACAAAAAAUUUGUGGAUUUUGAACCAAUAGUUGGUUUAUAGGAAAAAAUCAAUUAAAUAUUAUUACUACAGACAGCUUCUAAAUUAACAUUAAAUAGUGAUUAAAUUGUGGUAAACCAAAAUAAUACCAUGAUGUUAAUUGAUGAGUUUAAUAGAUAUUAAUAAUAAUUAGAGACACUAGUAAUAAUAAAUUAUGAGUUGAAUUAAUAAAUUUAAUGA